CGCUCCUCCCCAGCACCUUGAACCUUCCCCAACACUGCGUGUGUGUGUGUGUGUGUGUGUGUUGUAGACACAGUAUCUCCCACCAGUUUUUGUGAGUGUUUCUGUGUGUGUUAUAACAGUGUGUGUGGGUGCGCGUGUGUAAUACAGAUACGGUAGACACGGUACCUCCAGUGUAUGUGAGUGUAUGUAUUACAGAGACGGUACCUCCUUCCAGUAAGUGUGUAUGAGUGUGUGUUACAGACACGGCCCCUCCUCCACAGUGUGUGUGUGUGUGUGUUAGAAACGGUACUUGCCUCCAGUGUGUGUUACAGAGACGGUACAUUGCCUCCAGUAUAUAUGUGAGUGUGUGUGUAUGAGUGAGUGUAUGUGAGUGUGUUACAGACACGGCCCCUCCUCCACAGUGUGUGAGUAUGUUAGAGACGGCACUUGCCUUCAGUGUGUGUUACGGAGACGGCAUUUGCCUCCAGUGUGUGAGUGUGUAUUACAGAGACAGUAAUUCCCUCCAGUAUGUUAGUGAGUGCGUGUGAGUGAGUGUGUGCUUCAGAGACGGUACCUCCCUCCAGCGUGUGUGUGUGUGUGUGUGUGUGUGUGCGCGCCUGGUGCAAUCCGCACCUCCCUCCCUCCCGGCUGCAGGCUGAGGUGCGAACGAACCACCCACUCCCUCCCUCCCUCCGUGUGCGGGUCACGGCCAGGCUGUGGGAAGCGGCGCUGGGCAUCCGAGCGCCCGGGCGCCCACUCUCUCCCCCGGCCCGGCCGAGCCAUGGAGCGGCGGCGGAACACGGCUGCCCUUCUCCCGAUGGCGCUCCUGUGCGGGACGUGCCCUUACUUCUGCUGUCUGAUCUGCUGGACGCCGGAGUGUUGCAGCGGGGCCGCGGGUCACAACCAAGUGAAUUUACUGGACUCCAGAGCUGUAAUGGGAGACCUGGGAUGGAUAGCCUAUCCGAAGAACGGGUGGGAAGAAAUCGGUGAGGUUGAUGAGAAUUACAGUCCCAUCCACACGUACCAGGUGUGCAACGUGAUGGAGCAGAACCAGAACAAUUGGUUGCAGACCAACUGGAUCUCCAACGAGGGAGCCAACCGCAUUUUCAUUGAGCUGAAGUUCACUCUGCGGGACUGCAACAGUCUCCCCGGCGGCCUGGGAACCUGCAAGGAGACCUUUAACGUGCACCAUUUUGAAUCGGACGAAGAAGACGGGCGGUUCAUCAGGGAGAGCCAGUACACCAAAAUUGACACCAUCGCGGCGGACGAGAGCUUCACGGAGCUGGACCUGGGAGAUCGAGUCAUGAAGCUCAACACGGAGGUGCGUGAGGUCGGGCCCCUGAGUAAGAAGGGUUUCUACCUCGCCUUUCAGGAUGUCGGUGCCUGCAUCGCCCUGGUCUCGGUGAGAGUUUACUACAAGAAGUGCCCGUCCACCUUCCGCAACUUCGCUGUCUUUGAAGACACGGUCACGGGGGCCGAUUCCUCGUCUCUGGUGGAGGUGCCGGGGACAUGUGUCAACAAUUCAAUAAAAGGCAACACUCCGAAGAUGUACUGCAGCGCUGACGGAGAGUGGUUGGUCCCGAUCGGGAGGUGCAUGUGCAAAGAAGGCUACGAAGAGCGGGGCAACGCAUGUCAAGCUUGUCAACCGGGAUUCUUUAAGGCUUCACCAUACAGUCCCUACUGCAGCAAGUGUCCACCCCACAGUUAUACCCAUGACAGGGGAUCUGCAGUGUGUCACUGCAUGGAGAACUACUUCAGAAGAGACAAUGACCCACCCUCGAUGGCCUGUACAAGACCUCCGUCAGCCCCACUGAACGUAAUCUCCAACAUCAACAACACCAGCGUGAUCCUGGAUUGGAGCCCCCCAGCCAACGCGGGCGGGAGGAAGGACCUGAUGUACGUGGUGGUGUGCAGGAGGUGCGGCGUGGAUCUGGCGGAGUGCAGCGAGUGCGGCGGCGGGGUCCGCUACAUCCCACAGGAGGCGCGACUGAGGAACACCUCCGUGAUGGUGGUGGACCUCCUGGCUCACACCAACUACACCUUUGAGAUCGAAGCGGUGAAUGGAGUGUCCGAGCUCAGCCCCAUCCCCAGGCAGUUUGUGUCUGUGAACGUCACCACCAAUCAAGCAGCCCCUUCACCCAUCAGUGUUGUCAAGAAGAAGAGGAUCGCCAAAAAUAGCAUCUCCUUGAUGUGGCAAGAGCCGAACCGACCCAACGGCAUCAUCCUGGAGUACGAGAUCAAGUACUUUGAAAAGGAUCAGGAGACAAGCUACACCAUCAUUAAGUCCAAAGAGACGGAGAUCUUGGUGGAUGGCCUGAAGCCCACGACAACCUACGUCUAUCAAAUCCGAGCCCGCACCGCCGCAGGUUAUGGGGGAUACAGUCGGAAAUUCGAAUUCGAAACCAGCCCGGUCUCCUUGCCUGCCGGCGAUCAGAGUCAGGUGCCAAUUAUUGGGGUGUCGGUGGCAGUGGGAAUGAUCCUGGUAGCAGUUGUCUCCGGCCUGCUGCUCAGCGGAAGGCGAUGUGGGUACAGUAAGGCCAAGCAAGACCCCGAAGAGGAGAAGAUGCACUUCCACAAUGGUCACAUUAAAUUGCCAGGUAUACGGACAUACAUUGAUCCUCAUACGUAUGAAGAUCCAAGCCAAGCUGUUCAUGAGUUUGCCAAGGAAAUUGAUGCCUCCUGCAUAACUAUCGAAAGAGUCAUCGGCGCAGGUGAAUUUGGCGAGGUGUGCAGUGGCCGUCUGAAGUUACCUGGGAAAAGAGAGUUCCCGGUCGCCAUCAAAACCCUGAAGGUUGGCUACACCGAGAAGCAACGCAGGGAGUUCCUUGGUGAAGCGAGUAUCAUGGGACAAUUUGACCACCCAAACAUCAUCCACCUUGAGGGAGUGGUCACUAAAAGUAAACCAGUUAUGAUAGUGACAGAAUAUAUGGAGAAUGGCUCUCUUGAUACUUUUUUAAAGAAGAACGAUGGCCAGUUUACAGUCAUCCAGCUGGUGGGAAUGUUGAGAGGAAUUGCCUCGGGAAUGAGGUACCUGUCAGACAUGGGUUACGUCCACCGAGACCUUGCGGCACGGAACAUCUUGGUCAACAGUAACCUGGUCAGUAAGGUUUCUGAUUUUGGCCUUUCUCGAGUACUGGAGGAUGACCCAGAAGCUGCAUACACCACAAAGGGAGGGAAGAUCCCGAUCAGGUGGACAGCUCCAGAGGCAAUCGCUUACCGCAAGUUCACCUCUGCCAGUGACGUGUGGGGCUAUGGAAUUGUCAUGUGGGAGGUGAUGUCCUAUGGAGAGAGACCCUACUGGGAAAUGACUAAUCAGGACGUGAUUAAGGCUGUGGAUGAAGGCUACCGCUUGCCCACUCCCAUGGACUGUCCUGCCACCCUCUACCAGUUAAUGCUUGACUGUUGGCAGAAGGAGCGCAACAGCAGGCCCAGAUUUGAAGAGAUAGUUAGCAUCUUAGAUAAGAUGAUUCGCAAUCCAUGCAGCCUGAAGAUGCUGGUCAAUGCUUCCACAAGAGGGUCUAACUUGCUACUGGACCACAAUACGAUGGGUUUCAAUGCAUACCGGUCCGUGGGGGAGUGGCUGGAGUCACUUAAGAUGGGUCAGUAUGCGGACAAUUUCAAUGAGAGUGGAUACACGUCGUUGGAUGUGGUUACCAAAAUAACUUUGGAAGAUUUGAAGAGAAUCGGUGUGAGUCUUGCUGGCCACCAAAAGAAGAUAAUGAACAGCAUUCAGGAGCUGCGAGUUCAGUUCAUGAACGGCAUGGUGCCUGUGUGACCCUCUCUAACUGCCUGAGCUGCCGUGGGUCACUCUGCACUUUUA